AUGUCAAGACGAGGAGGACGCGGUGGAUUCCGUGGAGGCGAUAGAGGAGGCUCACGAGGUGGUUCGAGAGGAGGCUCAUCACGUGGCGGGUUUGGAGGUGGAGGAAGAGGUGGUGGAUUUGGUGCUAGAGGAGGAGGAGUAGCUAAACGAGGAGGCGAUCGUGGUGGCUCACGAGGAGGUUCACGAGGAGGUCGUGGUGCUCCACGUGGUGGCAGAGGAGGUGCUAGAGGCGGUGCAAGAGGUGGUGCAAAAGUCACAGUAGAACCUCAUACUCAUGCCGGUGUAUUCGUUGGUCGUGGCAAAGAAGACUUGCUCUUGACUAAAAACCUCGUACCUGGUGAAUCCGUUUAUGGUGAAAAGAGAAUCAGUAUCGAGAAUGGUGAUGGUACCAAGACUGAAUACAGAGUCUGGAAUCCCUUCAGAUCAAAGUUGGCUGCUGGUAUAAUGGGUGGUCUUGAUAACAUACACGUUAAACCGGGCGCAAAAGUCUUGUAUUUGGGUGCUGCAAGUGGAACAAGUGUCAGUCAUGUCGCUGAUAUUGUCGGACCUGAGGGUCUAGUCUACGCAGUCGAAUUCUCACAUCGAUCAGGCCGAGACUUGAUCAAUGUUGCCAAAAAACGCACAAACGUCAUCCCAAUCAUUGAAGAUGCUCGUCAUCCACAGAAAUAUCGUAUGCUGGUUGGAAUGGUUGAUGUUAUCUUUGCCGAUGUCGCUCAACCCGAUCAAGCUCGUAUCGUUACAAUAAAUGCACACAUGUUUCUGAAGCAAGGUGGUCAUGUUCUUAUUUCAAUCAAGGCCAACUGUAUUGACUCAACUGUAGAACCAACCGUCGUAUUUGCCCGUGAAGUCAAAAAGUUGCAAGAAGAACGUGUCAAACCACAAGAACAAUUGACUCUGGAACCAUAUGAACGUGAUCACGCUUUGGUUGUGGGUGAAUACAGGCCGCUGAAGAAGAAGAAGGAAUAG